AGAAUGCAGCGCGAGACAUUUUUAUGUCAGUCAGUCUGUACUGGCGCAUGCUAAAAUCAUAAAAUAUCUACUAAAUUCGCAGUCUAAUCCUAACAUCAGCUUAAUUUUUCGUUAGAGCAAACACUUAAUUGGAACACUACCGUCUACUCGUGUCUCAAACAUUCGCUAUUAACUCGUAUCGUGCUCAAAACCGUUUGCGGAUGACGAAGAAACUGCUGUGAGUGCAAGGCUGUGUUCUCCCUUCUGAAGGAAUAUUUGUGGAUUAUAAACACGUAAGCUGAUAGAAGAAAUUCUCAAGAAUAUUUCAAGUCGGAUAAAGAAUUUUUUCGAAUGGAAGAUUUGUGAGAAUAAUCAACGCAAAAAGUGACUUGGUCACCUGAAGGUCGAAUUAUAGCGCCACCUAUAAUAAUCGAUCGAAGAGCCUCGCGCGGCGAAGGAAAAAAUGUCUCGAGAUCGGUAUGGUAAGCCGGAUAGAAGAAGACGGGACUCGUUCGACGAUAGGGACGGCAUCACCUCUAGGUCUACCUAUGAUCCAGAAUAUGAUGCUCGGAACUACGCGGAUAAAAACGAUAAACAUCGGUCAGACUACCGUAGCAGCUACUCUGACUCAAAAAAGAAAAAGAAAAAGAGCAAAAAGCGUAAGCACAAGGAAGGUAGAAGAAGCGGAGAAAGGCUUACAGGGAGCCGGUUAGUCGACUACGAUAAUGGCUCUAGUGACGACGACGCAUAUUCAGACGACUCGCACAGCUAUGGCCGAAUACAAAGUAGGGUAAGCCCAAAACAUCCUAAAUUGGAACGAUCUCUAUCACCGGCAACCGGUUUACGAGAUUAUAAGAGAAGCAGAGUUGAUUCUGAUGUCCGUCGUCACGAUAGAACUUCUCCUAGAAGAGCUAGAAGAGAAUACAGAGAUUUUCCCAGUCGGGAGAGACGUCACUACGACUAUGACCUAUCUCCUUCGUCUAAACGCUCAAAGCGUGGAGGACGAUCUCCUAGUCCAAAUAGAAGCUCGAAAGCCAGUAGGUCUUCAAGGAACAAAUUUGGAAGAGAUGAUGCUCGGUCCAAUCACUCCCCUAAUCACUCACGUUCCAUAUCUCCGAAAAGACAGCGUAAGGCCUCAAGUUCAUCCCCAAAUCGAGAAGCAUCCAACUUGGGUACACAUACCCUUGCCGCAGAAUUACGGAAGAGACAACAAAUUUUAUCAAAAUCGCAAACUAAUAGUCCUAAUUUAUCGGAACCUUCGAAUAAAUCAGGUAAAUACGACGGUCGGAAAUAUAGUGGACACAACCAGUUAACUGUAGAGAAAAAACCCCCAUCACCAACGGCUACUAUUGCACCAACUUCUUCUCAGUUGGACAAAGAUGUCAAGCCAAAGGAUAAACGACGUCAGCUACCUUUGCCUCCAGGUGGCUCAAGCGAUGUAGAUAGCCCAGGACCUAAUCAAGAGCUACAAACAAAUCGAGUGAGCAAAUUAUAUGAUCUGCCAAUGCCUCCGGUGACAAGUUCCCCUCAAGCUGAUGAGGAUUCGCUUAAUCAACAAAAGAUAGCGAAGCAACGGUCAUCUGGGCAGACGCCUUUUAAUGAAAAGGAUGGAAAAGAGCAAAAAAUACCCAAUCGGUAUCUGGAACAAAGAAUGAAACAAAGAAACACUAAAAUGAAUGAAAGAGUUGAUUGCGAUUGGGGAGAGCGUUGUAUAGAUGUUUUUGAAAUUCUAGCUCAAGUUGGGGAAGGUACAUAUGGACAAGUGUACAAGGCUAGAGAUAAGGAUACCGGUGAAAUAAUGGCUUUAAAGAAAGUUAGGUUAGAAAAUGAAAAGGAAGGUUUUCCGAUUACGGCUAUCAGAGAAAUAAAGAUUUUACGUCAACUAAAUCAUAAGAAUAUUGUGAACUUAACGGAAAUCAUUACAGAUAAGAGGGACGCUGUUGAUUUCAAGAAAGACAAGGGAUCAUUUUAUUUAGUAUUUGAAUAUAUGGACCACGACUUGAUGGGUCUUUUAGAAUCGAAUUUAGUGACGUUUAAAGAAGACUAUAUUGCUUCCUUUAUGAAACAAUUAUUACAAGGAUUAGAAUAUUGUCAUAAGAAGAACUUCUUGCAUCGAGAUAUAAAAUGUUCUAAUAUUCUAAUGAAUAAUAAGGGCCAGAUAAAAUUAGCAGAUUUUGGUUUAGCACGUUAUUAUGAUGCUGAAACUAGGGAAAGACCGUACACAAAUAAAGUUAUUACUUUAUGGUACCGUCCUCCGGAACUUUUAUUAGGAGAAGAAAAGUAUGGUCCAGCAAUUGACGUUUGGAGUUGUGGUUGCAUAUUAGGAGAGUUUUUUCAUCAAAAACCUAUAUUCCAAGCAAAUACUGAAUUAGCGCAAUUAGAUUUAAUAAGUAAAGUAUGUGGAACGCCGUCACCUGCUGUAUGGCCUGAUGUUAUCAGAUUACCCUUAUUUACGACGUUCAAACCCAAAAAACAAUAUAGACGACGGAUUAGAGAGGAGUUUUGUACUAUGCCCGAAACUGCUCUUGAUCUAUUAGACAAUAUGUUAGAGCUGGAUCCAAGCAAGAGAUGUUCAGCUGAAGCAGCUCUCAAUUCUCCGUGGUUAAUUAACGUCAAUCCUGAUUGUCUACCGGCGCCAAAUUUACCUAGUGAUCAGGACUGUCAUGAAAUGUGGUGUAAACGACGAAAAAGAAGUAUGAGAGAGCAACAUCAACUGCCCACACAAACAAAAAAGCCAGAGCCACCGUUGCCUCCUGUCCACGAAAAUAAUAAAGCAUCAGCUGUUGCAGAUAGUACAAACGAUCGUCCAUCACCUCCACCACAGCCGCCACCCCAACCCCCUCCUUUACCUUCCGGUGCCUCCCAGGCAAUUCCAGGUCCUCCGCCACCACCUCUUGACUGUCAGACUAAACUGCUGAAUUUAGGACAGUUGGUCAGAGAUAAGAAAGGAAAUUUCUCAAUAGACGAUAUUGCAAGGACUAUAUGCGUUCCAGUUAACGAUCAGACAAAAAGUUAUCUUCUGUGUGUUCUGGAGCAACUAAAUAAUGCAAAAACACAGAUGGAUGCUAAUAAUAUUAUGCAGGUGCCUACACAUCAAAUGACUCAAAUAACAAAUCUGUUGCAAAAUCCGAUGGUGGAGAAUGUAACAUGGCCACGACGAACAUCGUCUGGAUCAGCAACAAUGGAUAUAUCGGACGACGAUGUUAGUGAUCAUUUUGAAAGUGAAGAACAUAACUUUAUGAACGUGGAAGACAAUAAUCAGGUACCGCCAGCAAACAGGGGACUAAGAGGCCUACCAAGAGGUAGAGGCCCCGUUGGUCAUAUGCCAGGGGCACACCUUGUACAUCCAAAUAUAAUUAAUAGUGCAAGAGCACCACCGCCGUUAAACAUGCAGCAAAUUAACCAGCCUCCUCCACCGCCACCCCCGCCCUUAAUGAAUGUUCCCGUUAAUAGGAAUAAUGUACCAAGACCUGGGCGAGGAGGCCGUGGCAAGUUCCAUCAGCAACAGCCCUGGUAA